AUGGCGGAGCCGCCGCCCGGAGCCGCCGCACCGCGGGGCCGCGGCCGGGCCUGGGAGCGCGGCGGCUCCGCGCAGGACGCUGAGGACAGCACGGAGCCGUCCGCUCACAACGGUUCGGGCACGGAGCCCCCCGGCCCCGCUUUGAACGGUUCGGGCACGGAGCCCCCCGGCCCCGCUUUGAACGGUUCGGGCACGGAUGCCCCCGGCCGCAUUCACAACGGUUCGGACACGGAACCCCCCGGUCCCGCUGAGGACGGGCCGGGCACGGAGCCCUCCGGCCCCGCUCACGAUGAUUCGGACACGGAGCCCUCCGGCCCCGCUCACGAUGAUUCGGACACGGAGCCCUCCGGCCCCGCUCACGAUGAUUCGGACACGGAGCCCUCCGGCCCCGCUCACGAUGAUUCGGACACGGAGCCCUCCGGCCCCGCUCACGAUGAUUCGGACACGGAGCCCUCCGGCCCCGCUCACGAUGAUUCGGGCACGGAGCCGCCCGGCCCCGCUCACGAUGAUUCGGGCACGGAGCCGCCCGGCUCGCGGGAGGACGGUUCGGGCACGGAGCCGCCCGGCUCGCAGGAGGACGCGGCUCCGCCGGCGGGGCCGGAGCUGUGGCUGGUGCCGCCGGAGCUCCGCGCGCGGCUGCUGGACCGGCGGGACUACCGCGGCCGUGCCCAGGCCGUGGAGCAGCUGCGGCGGGCGGUGGAGAGCUGCAGCCCGGCCGCGCUGGGCUCCGCGCCCGCCGCCGCCCUGCUGGGGCUGAUCGCGCUGCUGGACGCGCUGCUGCACGACCCCAACUUCGCGGUGGCUCGCGGGGCGCUGGAGGUGACCCGGCUGCUGGCGCUGCGCCUCGGCCGCCGCGUCCCCGCCGUGCUGGCCCCGCUGGUGUGCGCGGCCGCCCGGGCGCUCGGCGACGCGCAGCCGGCCAUGCGGCGGGACGGAGCGCGGCUGCUGCUGCGGCUGAUGGCGGCGGCCGGCCCGCGGCCCGUGCUGCGCCUGCUGCUGCAGGAGCGGCUGCUGCGGCACCGCAGCGCCCGGCUCCGCGAGGAGCUGCUCAACACGUGCAUCGCCGCGCUGCUCGCCUUCCCCGCCGCCGAGCUGGACCCGCCCCGGCUGGCGGCCGCCCUGGCGCCGGCGCUGCUGGACUCCAAGCGCAGGGUCCGGCACGCCGCCAUGGAGGCGUUCGCCGCGCUGGCCUCGGCCGCGGGCCCCGGCGACACCGGCGCGCUGCUCCGAGCCCUGGACGCGGUGGAGCUGCGGGCCGGCGGCGCGGGGGUGCUGAGCGCCGUGCGGGCCCGGCUGGCCAGGAAGGCGCUGCCCAGGCUGGGCGAGCGGGGGCUGGUGGAGUACGGCGUGCCCUUGCCCUGCUCCGGCCGCUGCCGCGGGCAGUGCCGCCCGCCCGGCGCCGACACCGAGUGGCUGCUGAUGGGCGGCCGGAGCCGCAGCGCGCACGGCCACGGCGGGCACACCGCCUGUGCCCGGCGGGGACCGAGCCCCAGGAGAGUGCUGAGCGCCGGCAGAGGCAAAAACAAGCUGCCCUGGGAGAAGGAGCUGGCCGCGGACAGGGAAGGUGGCUCGGGGGUGAGGAUUCCUGUCAGCGAGGGUGUGGAGCAGUUGGCUGCAUCCAACGAUUUCCUUCACUCCCCGAAGCUCUGGCCCUCCCAGGGCAUCCCAGGCAGCGAGGAGUUGUUUUCCUGCAGGAACAGAGCUCCCAGGACUUUAUUCCAGCCCAGCACGGAGCUGAACUGGGAGCGCUCUGCCCUCGGUGCUGGUGCUCUGGGCUCCCAUCAGCCCCAGAUUGCAGGGAAGUGUGGGACACUUGGAUACCCGCAGGCGCGUGGGAAGAGCGGCAGCGUGGGCUCUGAUUUGCAGUUUUUGGGACUGAAUAACUCUCAGCAGGACAAAGUUUGUUCCAGCCUCAGUUUUUCCAGCAAGACCCAGAGAAGUUUUUGCACUCAGGCAGAGCCCACCAUGUCCUUCCAAGGUCCCAGCGCCAGCCAGGGCAACUUCAUCCUGCCCUCCUUCCCCCUGUCAUCGCCCAGGAGCAGCCCCAAGCACCUCUCCUCUCCUGCUGGCUCUCCAGGGAAAUCCCAGGAGGAUCCCAGGAGCCUCUCCAGCUCCUGGCCCCUCAAAAGCUUCGAGGGGCUGCCGAGGCCUGGCUCCCAGAAGCAGCUGCUCAGCCAAAAGCCAGGAGACAACACAGGGGACAGCCCGCUGGAGAAGCAUUCCCUGCAGCUGGAGAAGCAUUCCCUGCAGCUGGAGAAGCAUUCCCUGCCGCUGGAGAAGCAUUCCCUGCCUCUGGAGAGGCAUUCCCUACAGCUGGAGAAGCCUUCCCUGCAGCUGGAGAAGCCUUCCCUGCCUCUGGAGAAGCAUUCCCUGCAGCUGGAGAAGCAUUCCCUGCAGCUGGAGAAGCCCCCCCUGCCUCUGGAGAGGCAUUCCCUGCCUCUGGAGAAGCAUUCCCUGCAGCUGGAGAAGCAUUCCCUGCAGCUGGAGAAGCCCCCCCUGCCUCUGGAGAGGCAUUCCCUGCCUCUGGAGAAGCAUUCCCUGCAGCUGGAGAAGCAUUCCCUGCAGCUGGAGAGGCAUUCCCUGCCUCUGGAGAAGCAUUCCCUGCCUCUGGAGAAGCAUUCCCUGCAGCUGGAGAAGCAUUCCCUGCCGCUGGAGAAGCAUUCCCUGCAGCUGGAGAGGCAUUCCCUGCAGCUGGAGAAGCCCCCCCUGCCUCUGGAGAAGCAUUCCCUGCAGCUGGAGAAGCAUUCCCUACAGCUGGAGAAGCACCCCCUGCCUCUGGAGAAGCCCCCCCUGCCGCUGAGGGCCGCCCUGGGCAGGCUCCCGGCGGGGCUGCGGGGUGCCCGGCCCGUGCCCCCCAUCCCGCGGCUGCCCGGCCCCCAGGAGCCCCCCGAGGGCACGGAGCUGGCAGCGGGGCUGGCCGAGCUGCAGCUGCAGCCCCGGGAGCUGGAGCAGGAGGAGAUGCAGAAUUCCCUGAGAUCCCUGCGCAACAGCGCGGCCAAGAAGAGGGCGAAGCUGAGCAGCAGCAUCGCCGACCGGGAGAGCCCCGACUCGGCCGUGAAACUGGAAUUCUGCGGGGAUUGUCCCUCCCAGGGCUCCUCCCCCGGCGCCUCCUGCACCGCCGAGAGCGGCAUUUCCAGCCGGGAAUCGCCGUGUUCCCCCCUGGGCACGCUGCCCCCCAGGAGGAGAGUGAUGUCAGACACUUUUCCAGCACUUGGCAGCAAAUCCCACCCUGCAAAAGCAUCUCCAGCAAGGCCCAGGGAUGCAGAGGGGGCAGAGCAUCACCCCAGCACAGGCCCUGCAGAGUCGGUUCCUGCUUUUGCACCGAAGAACGAUCUGGGUUUCACAUCUGAGGACGUCGUUGUUGUUGGCAAAGGUGUUUUUGGGGGCCCUCCUGGCCCAGCCCCCAGGCAGCCCAUGCCCUGUGUGGCCAAUGGGGAUGCCCAGGGUGCCAGGGAGGGAGCGGAGCCAGCCCCAGGGAGAAGCUUCCAGCAGAGCAGCGCUUCCCAUUCCCAUGGGAAUGAGGGACAGAUAAAAGUGACCUUGUCAAAAUCUGCUCAGGAGAAGCUGAGGAGGAGGAGGAAAGAAGACAAAGAACACAACCAUAAAGAGCAGCAAGAAGGCAAAGACUUGGAAGGGAAGGAAGAAUUCCCUUGGGAAAGGAUUAGAUUGAGCAUGAGUGAACCAGAGAAACUCACAGCAGAAAGGUUUAGUCUCUGUGGGGAUUUAUUGACAUCGCCAAGAAAUGGAUCUUUGUCCUUGGAAAACGUGGCCUUGAACCCUUCUCUGAAGAGAACAUCCAGUUUGAAGAGGUCAAAGUGUUCAUCCUUCCUGGAUUCUGCCGUGUGCCCGGAGGAGGCGCGGGGCCGCUGCCGGGAGCCCGUGACGCAGAGCCCCGAGGUGCUGGACCCCGCCGAGCUGCAGCCCUUCCCCAGGCCCGAGUGGGCGCUGGCAGAGGCGCUGGCACUGCUGGCUGACCACGACUGGGAGAAGAAAAUCGAAGGUCUGAACUUUGUCAGGUGCUUGUCUGCCUACCAUGCCCCUGUUCUGACUGCAAAGCUCCACGAAACAACUCUGGCUGUGGCUCAAGAGGUCAAGAAUUUACGCUCAGGUGUUUCUCGAGCUGCUGUGGUCUGUUUAGGGGAUUUGUUCACCCACCUGAAAAAGAGCAUGGAUCAAGAACUAGAUAAUGCAGUAAAAGUCCUUUUGCACAAAGCUGGGGAAUCCAACACUUUUAUAAGGGAAGAGGUAGACAAGGCACUGAAGGCCAUGGUUAAUAAUGUGACUCCAGCACGUGCACUUUGUUCUCUUAUAAAUGGAGGGCAAAGCCACCUGCACUCUGCCGUGAGGAGGUGCACGGCGCAGCACCUGGGCGACAUCGUGGAGCGCGUGGGCCCCGAGCGCAUCCUGGCCGGCGGCAGGGCCGUGCCCGAGCGCCUGCUCCCUGCCAUAGCCAGGUUUGCCCAGGACAGCUCCCAGCAGACACGGUACUACGGGCGGAAGAUGCUCUUCAGCAUGAUGGCUCAUCCUGACUUGGAUAAAAGCCUGGAGAAGUUCGUGCCAGCCAAGGAUUUGCCUUACAUUAAGGAAACUGUUGGCAGCCUACGAGAGAAGGGCCUGGGGGAGAUGCCCUUGGAUACACCCUCAGCCAAAGGAAGGCGUUCCCAGACUGGAAAUGUUGGACAUUUGAGGUCGUCCUCGACUUGCAGAGAUGCUCCCAUCAUCCUGGACAGGGACAGCGCAGAGCCUCAGGAAGCCCCACGGAGAGCAGCUCCCCGCAGCGCCCUGGAGAGUGAGGACUAUGUCAGGGACAUUGUGAGCUUACUGAACGCCAAAGAUUUCCGGGAGCGCAUCAGCGGCGUGCGGCAGCUGCUGCUGGACACGGAGAGCAGCCCCGCCUUGGUGCUUGCCAACAUCGUCAGGAUCUUCGAUGCUUUCAAGCCUCGCUUGCACGACUCCAACAGCAAAGUGAACCAGGUGGCUUUGGAGGCCAUGCACAAGAUGGUUCCACUGCUCAAAGACAACCUAUCACCUGUGAUCAACAUGUUAAUUCCUGCCAUAGUGGACAACAACCUCAACUCCAAAAAUCCAGGGAUUUAUACAGCUGCCACAAACGUUAUCCAGGCUCUGUGUCAACACUUAGACACCUCCCUGCUCCUGCAGCCGUUCUGCACAAAAGCCCAGUUCCUGAGUGGAAAGGCGAAGCAGGACCUGACAGAAAAGCUGGCUGAGCUGGUGCCGGAGCUGUACCCUCGGAAGCCCUGUGCCGUGGAGCAGAAGGUGCUGCCCGUGCUGUGGCACCUGCUGGGCGCCUCGGGCGGCGGCGGCUCCGUGCCCGGGCCCCGCACGGCCACGGCCAGCUUAGCCCAGGCCCUGUGGGCACAGAUGGGCCCCGGCCUGCUCGCCCACGCCGCCGCGCAGCCCCCGCACAUCAGCAAGAGCCUGGAGGAGCUUUUGGAGACGGGAACGUAAAAUCGCCCGCCCUGCUGGUGAAGCUCUGGCGCCGCCUGAGCCGGGUACACGGACGGUGCUGCGGGGACACGGGCGGGAACAGCCCCUGUGUGGGCCCAUGGUGCCUGAGGAGAGCUCCGGAGCUGGGCUGGGAUGGACUGCACCGGGAGAGCCCCAGAGCCGGGCUGGGAGAGCCUGGGGAGCUGAACUGGGCCAUGCUGGGAGAGCUGUGCCGGGCACUGUGGGGCUGGCUCCCCUCGCUGUCACCAGCGUGGCCGUGGAAGAGCCGCUCCAGCCCAUCCGUGCUUCCCUUCGGAGGCUCCGGGACCUGUCCCUGGAUUGCUCACGAAGAACCACACGGUCACAUCGGCGCUGCGCUUUACAAGGAAAAGCGGAAGAGAAUCCUGGACACGGUGCUGCAGUGCUAUUUGUGAAAAAGACGUAUUUUUGUACCCCCACAGGCAGUGGUGCAGUAUUUGUUGUCUCAGGGCUGGGCAGUGGGGAUAAGGAACCCCGACCCUUCUACUUCCCCAGCUGUGGGCUCCGGACACAUUGGACAUGGGACACAACGGGAUAUAUAA